CUGUGGGGUUGGGGGAGGAUGGAACACGAGGCUUUCCAACAGGCCAAACUGGCAGUUAAACAAGUCCAGGCAUUGGGUGUAUUUGAUCAUACCCUCCUAGCUAUAUUGGACAUCCACUGAAGGUUCACCCUUCAGUCAGCUCAGUCAUUGGUUCACACUGUGAAGGGGUGGAGUGUAUGGGAACUGUUGAGUCACAGCCUGAACCACUGAUUGAGCACCUGAGGAAAGGACCCAGUCAACCCUGGGAGCUCAGGUGAAGGCAAUUCAGCUGUGUGAUUGGAAGGUGUGAAGCCUGGCUGCACCUCUCUUAGACCCCAUUUAAGGGCUGACUGCCUCUGGGGAAGGAUCUCUGGUUGGAGAUCCCUCCCUUGUAGUAUCUUUCCUGUUAGCCUAGAUCUUUGGAGAUGGGUGUGCAAGAUCCUCAGCAUGAGAAGAUAAUAACAGUGACUUCUAAUGGAAGUAUUCACAGCCCCAAGUUUCCACACACGUACCCACGCAAUACUGUACUCGUGUGGAGAUUAGUAGCAGUAGAUGAAAAUGUAUGGAUACAGCUUACUUUUGAUGAAAGAUUUGGGCUUGAGGACCCAGAAGAUGACAUUUGCAAGUAUGACUUUGUAGAAGUUGAAGAACCUAGUGAUGGCACUGUCUUAGGGCGCUGGUGCGGUUCCAGUAGUGUGCCAAGCAGACAAAUCUCCAAAGGAAACCAGAUCAGAAUAAGAUUUGUGUCUGAUGAAUAUUUUCCUUCUCAACCUGGAUUCUGCAUCCAUUACACCCUUCUUGUGCCACACCACACAGAAGCACCUAGCCCACCAUCGCUACCCCCAUCAGCUUUGCCAUUAGAUGUAUUAAACAAUGCUGUUGCUGGAUUCAGUACUGUGGAAGAACUUAUCCGGUACCUUGAACCAGAUCGGUGGCAGCUGGAUUUGGAAGACUUGUACAGGCCAACGUGGCAACUUCUUGGAAAGGCAUAUAUUCAUGGGAGAAAAUCAAGAGUGGUUGAUCUCAACUUGCUAAAGGAAGAAGUGCGGCUGUAUAGUUGCACUCCUCGCAACUUCUCAGUGUCACUGAGGGAGGAGCUGAAGCGAACUGACACCAUUUUCUGGCCGCUGUGUCUCCUGGUUAAGCGUUGUGGUGGAAACUGUGCCUGUUGUCAUCAGAACUGCAAUGAGUGCCAAUGUAUACCAACAAAAGUCACCAAAAAAUACCACGAGGUUCUUCAGCUGAAGCCAAGGAGUGGUGUCCGAGGAUUGCAUAAAUCACUGACAGAUGUACCCUUGGAACACCACGAGGAGUGUGACUGUGUAUGCAAAGGGAAUACUGAAGGAUAAACAUGAUUUAAUUGUGCUGUUUUCUUUGAAGCACGUUCAAUCCUUGCUGAUUCUAUUAUGGGGCUUGUGCAUUAUCUCCUUCUGUAAUCUCAGUUGUUUGCUUUGGGGAACUUCCAUCUUCAGGAUUUACAGUGAGCUCUAAAAAGAGGAGAAGCAAAACUGGGAUUAUGUGAUGUAUGACAGCUCUGUUUGGAGGCCCAGUGAAAGGAUGGGAGAAAGGCAUCAAUGAGAGAUUUAAAAUACAUGUAUUUUUUUUGUCCCCUACAGUUUUCUUGACAAUACACGGAUUUAUAAUUUAGGAGUAAAAAUAAAGUUAGAAGGCUCACAUCAUGGAGACUCGAUCCUGCUGGCUGUUUCAUUUCUACAGCUCCAGAACAUCUGGCCUCUGGCUGAAAACAUCUGAAAUCUUUCUUUCUGUGUUCAACUACUCCUAUGUACUCAAAGCAUUCUCUGUUUUAUAAAUUUGGUUUAUAACAGACUGUCUUGCUCUGAAUUAAACUUAAUUUGUCUAACGCUGGUAGGAAAGACUGGAUUUUUCCAUAUGCUCUAGUAAAGCUCCUGCCUUUUAGAAAGAAGACUGGACAAUAACGUGAGCUAAGGAAGAAAACGUUGAAAAGAACAAUGCCUUUAUUCUUAAUACAAUGGCUGAUGAUUUCUUGUUUGUUUGUUAUUUUUAUUGUGUACAUUUUUAUACUCUCCUUUUGACAAUAUAACUAUUUGCUUUUCUAAACUUGUUAAAUAUAUCUAUUUUUACCAAAGGUAUUUAAUAUUCUUUUUUAUUACAAUCUAGAUCAACUAUUUUUUAGUUUUAUGAAACUUUAAAGACGGAUUUGUACAGCUGGAGGAACAUAGAAGAGAUUACAAUGGGAUAGGAGCACUAUAUUUUUACUUUGUUGCUACACAGUGAAAAAGUACUUUUUUUUUUUUUUUUUUUAAACC